AGGCGGGUAAUCUCGCGGUUUUGCGCGCGCGUGUCGCCAUCUCGUGGCACCCUCUGUCUCUACCCUCGCCACCCGAGCGCCAGUGUACUCGAGCCGGCUGCUGAGAUCUCGCGCCAUAUCUGACUGCUGCUUCGCGUGCUGACGCCUGUGAUACCUGUGAUGAGUUCAGACGAAGAGGAUAUGCUCGGCCUUUUAACGGUCGCGUCUUUGCUGGCGCACCAUGAACGGCUGGAAGCGCAAGAAAAUACACGCCGCCAACGUCGCUGGUGGGUCCGUCCCGCCCUGCAACAGCGAGCUGCAAUGGGCCAUGCGGACGUUUUGUUGCCGCACCUUCGGUCUCGCGACAUAGAGUACUACAGAGACUAUUUGAGGAUGUCCCCGAGCUGCUUCGACACUCUGUUGGAAAUGCUCGGGCCAAGGAUCAAGAAGAGUGACACGAACUACCGAAAGGCAAUCCCUGCAGAACACCGGCUAGCUCUAGCAGUCAGGUUCUUGGCGGCAGGGGAGACGCUACGCUCGUCGUCGUUUAAUUUUCUGUCGGGCAGAUCGACGGCCUGUGUCAUCGUCUCUGAAGUAUGCCAGGCGAUUUGGGACAUACUUGGACCCAUAUACGUGGCACUUCCGUCAACUCAGAAUGAAUGGUCAAAGGUUGCGAGAGACUUCGAAGAGAAGUGGGAUAUGCCACACUGCCUGGGCGCCAUAGACGGUAAACAUGUGAACGUGGAGUGCCCAGCAAACUCGGGAAGCCGAGACAGGAACUACAAGGGUUCAUUCAGUAAAUCAGUGAUGGCAAUUAGUGAUGCAAACUACAGCUUCCUGUAUGUUGAGGUUGGCCACAACGGAAGCGAGUCAGAUGGUGGCAUAUUCAGUAGAAGCAAACUGCAACCCAUGGUGGUUGAUGGCACUCUUGGAGUUCUGCCAGACACAAGCCUUGGAGCAAUUGGCAACGUCCCGUAUUUUUUUGUUGGUGACGAGGCAUUUCCUCUAAAGACAUACAUGAUGCGGCCAUAUUCUAAGAAAAGUCUUCAUCCUAUUCUCACUGGGAGCACCACAGCUUCCACAGCCCAAUCCUCCACUACACAAAGCAGUGCAACCAGCCAAUUUGAGGAGCUGCACCAAAAGAGGAUAUUUAAUUAUAGGUUGAGCAGGGCUCGUAGAGUAGUCGAAAAUGCUUUCGGUAUACUCGCUCAGAAAUGGCGAAUUCUUCGUCGCCCCUUUAAAGCUAAAGAAGACAACAUCAAAAAAAAAUGUGUCUGCCUGUGUGGCUUUGCAUAACUUCCUUCUGAAGGAGUCGCCUGCUUCGCGAACUAUGUACUGUCCUCCAGGCACCACAGACAGUGAAGACUGGCAAGGCAACCGAACAGAUGGGAGCUGGAGAAGCGAUGGUGUAGUCAACGGUGCACUGGCUACAUUACCCGGCACAGGUUGCAACUCGGCAAGGUAAGCACGGCUUAGGUACAAGUUUCUUUUGCAUGCAUCUAAGGUAUAGCCGUAUCCCAAACCACAAUGAGAAAUUGUUUUGCCUCAAUAUCACGAUUGUCUCGAAAUAUCUUUUUACAGGCUUGCUUAUGCCAUUCGCGAUAAGCUGUGCAGACAUUUCAUAACAGAGGACAGGCUGCCAUGGCAGGUGAAACAUGGGAAAGACUGCAGAUGGUAACCAGACAAGUAAGUUUACGCUUUAUUUCCACAGCUUGGACAAUAUCACGGUACAAAAGUACCACCAAAGAAGUGUAAACAGUGUGAUACAAAUUACCAAGCUAUUUUCUAACGUUGCCUUUCCGCUGCCUAUACUUAAUAAGUGCGUACCAAAUGGAAAUUCGGUUCGAACUAUGCAUAUCUGUAUACAAACAUGCAAACAAUGCAUUUUCGACACAAAUAUAAGCAAAAACAAACAGGCGAAACCAUCCGAAGUCAUGUCAACCAACACGAAUUUUUAUUAUGAAAACACAACUUCUGUUGAAACAAGGAAAAUUUUGGCAUUAUUGGCAGUCCAGUCAUUCUGAAUUUUCUCGCUCCCUGGCCUCCUUCACUUUAUUGUACACUAAAUUUUGUACUGCAUUCAUUUAUCGAACUGGUCGUUUAAAGACAAUGUACGGAGCAUCCCAACUAUGGUAAGUCCAAAAUGGUAGAGGACAUCUUUUUGUUGGUCUCGGUUUUCCCGCGACGUUUUAAUGUGGCUCAGACAUUCGACUGCCACGUCCAUAGAUGUUGGUGUUUGUUCAGAAGGCCUGCAAAUAAAAAGAUGUGUGUUUUCAUAAUGUCCUGCACAGAAAUAGGUCACA